CCUAUACGGAACAAGCCGUACCGUUUGAGCCUACCAGAGGAUAAGGCUCUGCAAGAAACACUGAAAAAGCAUAUGUACAAGAAGUUGAUACGUCCUGGCAACCCCGAUUGGACCUCUCCCAUUUUCUUCCGGCCGAAAGGCGAUGGAACAUUCCGCCCAGUUCAUAACUUUGUCAAGCUCAACAAGGCAACCCGGAAGGACCACUAUCCGUUGCCUAAAUCGACGAAAUCCGGGAUGAACUAA